GUCGUGUUUCAGGAAGUUAAGACGCUUUAUCUUUUUUUUCAAGCAACCAACACGUCUUUUUGUUUUAUUUGAGAGUUAAACAAACGUGCAGAUAUGGCUGUUGACUGGCUUGGUUAUGGUUAUGCAGCUCUAAUAACGAUAGGAGGGAUUGUUGGUUAUGUUAAAGCAGGUAGUUUUAUCUCUCUGGUUGCUGGACUGGUGUUUGGCAUUGCAGCAUUUGUUGGUGCUUAUCAAAUGUCAAAGAAUGACAAGGAUAUCUGGGUUUCACUGGGCACCUCUGGAUCUCUGACUGCUCUAAUGGGAGUGAGAUUUUUGAGUUCGUGGAAGAUUAUGCCGGCUGGACUCAUGGCUGGAGCGAGUUUGUUGAUGUUCCUGAGGAUUGGUGUGAAAGUGCUACAGAACUCCCAAAAGAAGAAACGAUGACCCCAUUCAGAAACUGUACUUGCAGAGAUGCACUGACACAGAUAUACUGACAUUUCAUACAAGCUGUAUGAAGAAGACAACUAAAUUCAGUUCAGGGUCAUAUGGAAGAGCCUUCAUUACUGUGGAUGAACAAAUUAAAGCAAAUAAAAUGUAUUACUAUAUUGAGA